GCUGCCGGGGGGGGUUUCGGGGGGGGGCCUCGUUUUGCAGCCAUCGAGGACGAGUACAGCGGCCCCAAGCUGGAGGAUGGCAAAGUCACGCUGGCUUUCAUGAAGGACCUGAUGCAGUGGUACAAGGAGCAGAAGAAACUCCACAGAAAAUGCGCCUACCAGAUCCUGGUGCAGGUGAAGGAGGUGCUGGCCAAGCUGCCCACCUUGGUAGAAACGACGCUGAAGGAGACGGAGAAGCUGACGGUGUGCGGGGACACCCACGGGCAGUACUACGACCUGCUGAACAUCUUCGAGCUCAACGGGCUGCCCUCCGAGUCCAACCCCUACAUAUUCAACGGGGACUUCGUGGACCGCGGCUCCUUCUCGGUCGAGGUCAUCCUCACGCUUUUCGGUUUCAAGCUGCUCUACCCCGAUCACUUCCACUUGCUGCGAGGGAACCACGAGACAGACAACAUGAACCAGAUCUACGGCUUCGAAGGGGAGGUGAAGGCCAAGUACACGGCGCAGAUGUUCGCCCUCUUCAGCGAGGUCUUUGAGUGGCUGCCCCUGGCCCAGUGCAUCAACGGCAAAGUGCUGAUCAUGCACGGCGGCCUCUUCAGCGAGGACGGCGUCACCCUCGACGACAUCCGCAAAAUCGAGAGGAACCGGCAGCCCCCAGACUCAGGUCCCAUGUGCGACCUGCUGUGGUCGGACCCGCAGCCGCAGAACGGGCGCUCGGUCAGCAAGAGGGGGGUGAGCUGCCAAUUCGGGCCGGACGUCACCAAAAGUUUUUUGGAGCGCAACCGCCUCGACUACAUCAUCCAGAGCCACGAGGUCAAGCCCGAGGGCUACGAGGUGGCCCACGAUGGCAAGUGUGUCACCGUCUUCUCCGCGCCCAACUACUGUGACCAGAUGGGCAAUAUGGGCUCCUACAUCCACCUGCGAGGCGGCGACCUGCGCCCCGACUUCCACCAGUUCACAGCAGUGCCUCACCCCAAUGUCAAGCCCAUGAUGUACGCCAACACCCUGCUGCAGCUGGGCAUGAUGUGACCCCCCCGCGGCACCCAGGGGUGCCCCCCCUCACCCCCCCCUGCCCCCACCGCACCCCCUCCUCCCCCCCCCCAGGGCGUUUUUAAUAUAUUGGAAGAUUGUAUUUAUUCCUCCCCUCCCCCCCCCACCUCCUCCCAGUGCUCCCAGUUUGGGGGCUGCGCUGGGGAGGGGGGGUGGCACUUGGGGUGGGGGGGGGCUGCUGGGAUCGCCUCCCUCCCCCCCCGGAGGGGGGCUGCUCCCCCUGAUAAGCAAUGGGGGGGGGGGCCGUGCCCCCCGGCUGUGUCGUCCCCCCCCCCCAGGCCGGGCGGUUUUACUGUCUGUAAUUAAAGAUGUUAAAAUAAAUAAAGUUAUUAUUGUAAAGCG